AUGACUAUUGUUGACUAUGAAGCUGAAUUUACUAAUUUGGCAAAAUUUGGGCCCCACACCAUUGAUACUGAUAAUAGGAAGGCGCGUAAAUUUAAAGAUGGGUUAAUACCUGGAAUUAGAAAUGUUGUUAAACCACUAUGCCUGCCUACAUAUGCGGACGUUCUCGACCGUGCUCUCAUAGUGGAACAAGGAUGCGAGGAUGUCAGAAAAAUUUCUAAAUCUAAAACGAGGAAUAAUAUGAAUGUUGGGAGAAAUACCGGAUAUGACAAUCCAAAGAGACAGAAAUUGGGAAAGUGGAUCAAAGAGGGAGUCAUCUUGCUUAACGGCCAUAUUCAGAGGGACUGCCCAAAGAAGUUAACUGGAGCCAAUGCGGUGGCAAUAGGGAUCAACGUCAAAAAUCUUACCAGGCAGAAGACGGGGACAAAUCAGAAACAAGAAAAGGCUUUCGCGCUAACUCCUAGAGAUCCACGAAAUACAGAAUCAGUUGUUGCAGGUACUAUACUCAUCUGCUCCACUCCUGCCUAUGUACUUUUUGAUUCGGGAUCAACACAUUCUUUUAUUGCUAGCCAGUUUGCGUUGAAGUUGUCUAAAAGCCCCGAACCACUUGCAUAUGAAUUAUUAGUGUCAGCAUCUUUGAAUAGUAGCACAAUAUGUAAAUUGAUAUAUAGGGAGUGCGAUGUGAAGUUUGGGGGUAAAAAGUUGAUAGCAGACCUAAUAUCUAUGCCUAUAGGUUACUUUGAUGCAAUUAUAGGAAUGGACUGGUUAUCUAACAAUGGUGUUACUAUAGAUUGUAAGAAUAAGUCCAUUGUCUUUCGAAACCCUGGGCUAGAUGAGUUUCGGUUUAUUGGAGAAAUAGUGUUCUCACCUCCAUAUUGCAUUUCUCCUGCUCAUGCUCAACGACUUCUAAAAAAGGGUUGCGAAGGGUACUAUUGCAGUAUAGUGUCGUUUAAGACCAAAAAAGAAAUGUUGGAAAGAAUCCCUGUGGUUCAAGAUUUUUCGGAGGUUUUUCCAGAAGAUUUGCCUGGAACGCUAGUGGACAGGGAAAUAGAAUUCUCAAUUGACCUGGCACCCGAUAUACAACCUAUUUCCAAAGCACCCUAUUGGAUGGCACCAGCAAAGCUUAAGGAACUGAAAGUGCAACUACAAGAAUUACUGGAGAAAGGUUUUAUAUGA